AUGUUUAAUUUGAAUCCUGAAAAAUUCAGUUUUCUAGAUUAGCAUGUGUUGAGUGUAUAUAAUCAAAUGAUCCUAUCAAGUACACAACGUUAGAAGAUGCUAGUUUUAGAUGGAAUGAAUAUUUAGGAUAAACUAGUGACUAGGUUAAACGAUUUCAAAAUUAAAGAUGUUUAAAAUCAUCAUAAAUCAUUGAGAUCCUCCAAGAAAUUUAAGAAAAGUAUAAUAGCAGUAUUUCAGAAAUAAUCAAUAAGGUAAAAAUUUAAUACUAAAUGUUCUCUUUAAAUGAAAUUAAUGAAUUUACUGAAGAUAUGAAUUUCGAAAUGAGUACUAAGUAAGUUAACGAAUUAACUGAAAUAUUAAGUAAGAAAGACAAAUUCUAAGUUUUGGCUGAAAAGUAAUUAAAUAUUUAAAAAGAAGACCUUAAUCAACUGGAAAUCAUAUCAAAUAAUUUUGGAAAAUUACUAUAAAAUGAUUUACUUGCAACUGAAAGGAUUAAUAAGAUCUUUAAGGACUUAAGUUCCAAUUUUAUAAUGUAAAGGAAUGGAAAAUUGAUACUUUAAAAGAAGAUAAUCCAAUUUCAAAUCAUAUAUAGAUGAAACAACUUUGCAUAAACAAGAAAAGGAAUCACUGAAAAAUCAACUCACAGAAAGUAAAAAAAAUUAUUUUAGGAAAUUAAUAAAUUAUUAAUGACUUUAAGAAAAAUGAUGCAGAAUAAAUAAAGCUAAUAUAAGAUUUGAGGAAACAAAAUGAAGGCUAAUCAAUUAAAAUAAAAGAACUUGAAUAAUAAAGUAAAAAUUAAAUUUUAUUCAAUAUCUUAUAGAAACUUAAUGUGAAGUUAUUGUUAAGGAGAAACAAGCAGAAUUGUAAAUUUGUUAACAAUAAAAUCAGAAGUUAGAGGAAAUGCUGAAAUAAUUAUAAUAAACUUUGGUAUAAGUAAAGGCUUUAUUUCAAGUAGGAUUAGUAAUUUUCUUAAUCACUAACAUUCUCAACAACUUAUAAGAAUAGCAAUUGUUCAGUUUCUUAAAAUGGAAAAGUUAUUGAAACAAGUUGUAAUGGUUGGUAAUGUUGUAUGUGUGAUUAAAUGAUCCCUAAGAAUGGUCUGAUCUAAUUUGCUAUUAAAAUUAUUGAAAUUAAUUUAAUUAUGAUAGGAAUUGGUUUUAGGGAUAUUGUAUAGAGUAAGAAUUAUAGUUGUUGUCAUGGAUUAGGAGGAGGGUAUAUUUAUGAUAUUAAUAGAAUCAAAAUAGAACAUAUAAUAUUUAUUAUAAUGGUUAAUGUUAUAAUCAUGAUUAAUAAGAUAAAAGUGGGUAAUAAAUCGCAUUUCCAUUUUCAACAAAUGAUAUUAUAAUUGUUGAAGUAGAUAUUUAAAAGAAGUAAAUAAAAUGGACAAAGUAAUCCACAAACCAAUCAUUUGUAUUAAUUUCUAUUUAUUAACAGACUUUGAAUAUUGAUAUAUCCAAAGAAUUGUAUCCAUGUGUACAUUUACAAGGUAGAUGUAAAGUAGAGAUAUUAAAUUAAGGGUUCAAAUGA